UGCAGCAGGCACGCAUAGCUACUGCAGUUGAUCGAUGGCCGAGAGCAUCGCGCAGCCAAAUUGGUUGUCAGGUCCACCCAGACGAGAGUGUCACGCACAUGGACUCUGACCUUGUCACCUGGAACGUCAUCCUUGAUACUUGCUCAUCGCCCUUAGCGGCAGCACCAGGCUCAUCAGCCAGUUGCUGGCUGAGCUUCUGGCAACGUGCAACUGUCCACUUCAGUUGUGUCGGGUUGUGGGGCCUACAAGGCAAGUUACUGAGCUGCGCCGCUCUUGGGUCAAAGGGCUUGGAGUGCUUGACUCCUGGUCUAUGGUUUGCAGAUGGCUGGCGCUCCGAUCAGAAAGGGUCAUUCGAAAUCUCAAAGAUUCGAAAUAUUCGAUUCGAAAGGGUUUCUUGGUCCCUCGCCUGCAUGGCGUCUUCCCGGGAGCUGCUGCCAGUGUCACAGUCUGCGCCCGAAGAGUCAGCCUGGCGCUGCCCGCGCAAGGCGCAUGAGGGGCCAUGAGGGGCGAAUGGGACCAUAUGGGACCAUAUGGGACCAUAUGGGACCCACUGGGCCAAUGGCAAGCAGAGCGCUCUUUUCGCUCCAAGAUGCCCGCGCUGAGCCGCGUGGUGCCGCCCCUGGCGCUGGCCGCUACUGCGCUGUCACUGCUGGCGCUGAUUUUGGCCAUCGUGGCACUGGCGAAGCCUGCCCCGCAAACGGAGCCUUGGACACAGGCCCAUAUUUGCUGGCAAGAUGUAUGGCACAUGUUCGUGUCAUGGAGAUCGAGGACCCCAUGGCAUCGUUGCCGCCUUUGACUGGGGUCAACGCGGGCGGCUGGCUGAACUUGGAGGACUGGUUCUUCUCAGGCGUGACUGGCCGGAAUGUCAUGAGCCUGGUGAAUCGCGGCCAGGGAGCGUGCCUACCACCGGCAGUGCUCACUAUGGACGACUACUGGCCCUCGGAAGGCUUCCUCACGAUGCGUUUGAAUCAGUCGAGGGGGCCCGCCUUCACCGCAGAGGCGUUCGAGGCCCACCGCCGCUCCUUCAUUGGUGAAGAGGCAAGGAGUUCUGAGAAAGCUCAUGGACAUUGCCACCUCUUUUCUUGCGCACUUGGCGUGGCUCUUCCAAAAUCUCCUUCCGGAGAGGACUUCCAGGGCAUGGCGUCGCUGAAGCUGCAGCUCCUCCGCCUUCCGCUGCACUGGGCCGCCUUCGCGGACGCUCUGGCGCCGAUCGACCACGAACUCUACGGCAAGCACAACCCAGAUGAAGAUACUGCCAUCGUGCCAGAUCCAUAUUACAACGGCCUUGCCGCCUUCGCCACGGUGCCACGGAAGUGGCUUGCGUCGCAGCUGCGGAAGGCGGCGCAGAACAACCUCCGCGUGGUCUUGGAUCUGCACGCCUUCCCGGGAGGCGCUGCCAAUGGGACCUACAACGGCGUGUGGCCCUCGCCCCCGGCCUUUUGGAAGGAGAAGUCCAACGUGGGGAACCGCAGCGUGGCGUUGAAGGACGCCGGGCUGAUGGUGGUGAAAGCGAUGGUGCAAUGGGUCGAGGGGCUUGACGACACCGCGAGGGGCGCAGUUGCAGGUGUGACCGUGAUGAAUGAACCCGCGCACAUGAACCAGGGGAGCGCCUUCGCUUCCGAGGCUGACAUCCUCCAAUGGCUGAGCGACGCUUCGAACAUGUUCCGCCAGUCCAAGUUGCCAGGGAUGAGCGUGAAACUCUACAUGCAGCUCAUCGGGACGGCCUUCCGUGACUUCGAUGGCACAGUGGUGCCUUGGUUCCAUAAGACCUUCUCCAGCCAGGAGCAGUCUAAGUGGGCGGUCGCAGAUUUGCACUUCUACAUUGCCUGGGGCGGCUGUGAUGGCCGAGUCAUCUCUGGCGGCGGCUUUGCCUGUGAUGAUCCCCUGGAUGAGAUUCGCCAGAAGAUUGACGGCUGCGUGAAGUCUUUUACACAAGACUUCCGCAAGAACUUCGGGGGCCUUCGCGCGGUCACGGAGUUCUCGACGGGCACCUUCCAGGAUGCGCGCUUCGCCUGCCAAGACCGGCGGGUUCUGGAGGCCUUCUUGCAGGUGCAAGCGGACGCCUACAAGGCCGCAGAUAUCCAGCCCUUCUUCUGGACCUGGCGCAUGCCCCACGGCCCCAUCUUUGAGCGUGGCUGGAGCCUUCGAUGGCUCGCAGGCCUGGAGCUCCCGGCGCAGGUCACUUGCCCGCCACCUGGGCACUCGUUUUAGCUGAGCCAAACGGUGCGCCGGCUGCUGC